AUGCCUCUCAAGAAGUCGUACUCGGAGCAUGUUGGCUUGCCGUCAAAGAACCGUUCGUGGCAACGCUCCAAAAGCAAUCCAAUUAACGCCCAAACAUCACGACCUCUCGCCCCCGUAUCCGACAAAACAAAGAGCAAGCUGAAUCAAUUCCAGUUUCAGUCUGCUAAGGCCUCGGACCAAGAAAAUGGCAGCGGAAACGAGGAUGGCAUCCGACAGACUCGAGAUGACAUAGCCAUCACCCCGACAACGAAGUUGAGCUGGCGCGACCUGAUGGAGUCCAACGCGCCCAAACAAGAAGACACACAGAUAUCGCCCAGCGAGCGGGUUCUAUGGAAUAACGAACUAGACAAGAGCAAUCGGAGCUACGCCGCCGCCCUCUCUCCCAUGAUGCCCCGGAAGGGCCGCAAGAGAGCUAGAAGCUCAUCACCCAUGUCUUCCCCUACACCCCACGAGCAACCUGUCACGCCGGCGGUUAAUGUGAAGAAGCUUAGCGAAGCAUUCAAGUCGCCACGCGCAGACCCAACCUUGGAGCUCUGGGAUCGCUUCUCGCUCACCAGCAAUGGCAAUGUAACACCUCUAGGUAUCACAAAUCCGACUCUCGCCAAUUUGAUGUUUUCCUCAUCUCCGCGGAAUCCCAAAAACGCAAACCCCUCUGCGGGUGACAGUGGCUUGCGGAGAGCCAUAAGUUGUGGUCUGAAUUGGCCCAAGAGAAGAAGAGUCGACCGCUCGGAUACACCCUCCUUGACCAGCACGUUGACCCGGGAGACGACCGACAGCUCAAAGAAUUCGCUCGUAACAGCGCUUCUAGAUACCGUCACAGGUAGCAUGCACGAAAACAGCCCGCCUCAGGAGUCGGAGCCGUCUGUGGACCGUGAGGACGAAUCUCCAUCUCUCAAAAAAAGAAAGACGGCUACAAUGAGGCCACCGACCCUCUCGCCUUCACGAAAGCCACUUGGGGUUAUGAAGCUGCCUCAUUCUGGCAACACCCUUGACUCCAGUGUUGCACAAGAUUUAGGAAUUGGCUUGAAAGGGAAUAUGGCCCCGGCCGAGUCCGAUUAUGGUGAUGUCGACUUUGACGAGUUCGAUGAGUUCGACGACGACACGUUUCUUGAGAUUGAGGCCAGUAUUAGCCUUUCAAAUCCGAAACAAGAUGCCAGGCAGAGCACGCCUACUCCUGCACCUCCUGCUCAACCUGUACAGGCUGUUCAACAAGAUGAUGUCAACUUGGACGACGAAUUUGGCGACUUGGACGACGACAUCGUUGAAGCUGCGGAGACUAUUAUGGAGAGCGCAAAAGUGAGCGCCGCAUCCCAGGCGCCAACGAGCACAAGACAUGCUGCUGCGGAAACCGUUAGCGUCCCUCAGCAAGAUGACCUGGAGGAUGUCUUUGGAGACGACUUUGGCGGAGACUUCGACUUCGACGCGGCAGAGCUCGCCGCGACGCAAUCGGCCCAAAUACCCCACGAGUCGUCUACAACAGCUAACAGCCAAAAACCCAAAGCCAUUCAGCGAUAUCUGGUGACCAAUGUCCUAGAAAAUGACUAUGCGGAUGAGCGCGGGCUGUCACGAGUGGAGAAGAUCUUGAUCGUCCAAGUCGACAACACAAAGGCCAUGAGGAAAAUUCAUCUCCGCGACGACUGGUACGAAACGCCUGCACACGCUAAGGCAUACGUACAUGUUAUUGGAAGCUUUUCACCAAGCGGCCAAUGUAUCAUUGAUGAUUCACACAACAUUUUGAUAUUGCAUCCAGAUCAGCUAAUAUCGGCCACGGUCGUAGCCGAUUCAUUCAGUUGUAUGCGUCGAGCAGUUUUGCAGGACCGCGUCAAAGCGACCAGCGAGGCGACUGCACCUUUGGUAUAUGGAACCAUGCUCCACGAAAUUUUCCAAGAAGCUCUCUUGGCCAAUCAAUGGGAUUUGCGGUUCCUCAGCGGCGUCAUUGACAAAGUUAUGGAGAAGCAUAUCGAAGACUUGUAUAAGAUCAAGGUCAGCACUAGCAUUGCUAAGGAACAUCUUCAGUCAAAGAUGACGGAGUUGAGCUGCUGGGCUACGGCAUUUGUAGCCUCUAAGCCGAAUCUCGAUGCUGUCGUUCAUGACCGCAAUGGAAAAAAGGCCAACAUGUGCGUCAGCAAACUACUCGACGUUGAGGAACAUGUCUGGUCACCAAUGUAUGGGCUCAAGGGCAACAUUGAUGCAACUGUGCAAGUCACAAUGAGGGACGGCAAAGACGUCAAAACUCUGACCGUCCCAUUCGAAGUCAAGACGGGCAAGCACGCCAACAGCAACCACAUGGCACAAACGGCGCUCUACAACCUUCUUCUUUCUGACCGAUACGACCUUAACAUCGUCUACGGUAUCCUCUAUUACAUGGAAACGUCGCAAACUAUGCGUAUCCCAACGAUUCGGCACGAGUUACGUCACAUGAUCAUGCAGCGGAACCAGUUGGCGUGCCAUAUCAGAGAACGCAGCGUUCAGCUUCCACCGAUGAAGAGAAGUAAGAACAUGUGCGGAAAGUGCUAUGCGAAAACAUCGUGUUUCAUCUACCACAAGCUCGCCGACGACGGCAAUGCUGAGACAAGCGGCAUGGACAAGGGCUUCGACGAGAUUGUCAAACACCUUACGCCAAAACACCAAGAAUUCUUCCUCAAAUGGGAAAAUCUCUUGACCAAGGAAGAGAAAGAGACACAAAAGCUCAAAAGGGAGCUCUGGACCAUGGUUAGCCAGGCCAGGGAGAAGGUGGGAAGAUGCUUCUCCGACGUCAUUAUCGAAGAGGGCUCUUGGUCCGAGGACUUGGGAACUUCAAAGAUCAACCGCUUCAGCUAUACUUUCCUCAAGCGUGUCCCAAACCCGAACCACUCUUUUUUGGAGUCUCAACUUGCUGUAGGAGAGCCCGUGGUUGUAUCAGACGAGCAAGGGCAUUUUGCCCUCGCCCUGGGCUACGUUACCUCCGUUCGCAAACAGAGAAUCAGCGUAGCGGUCGACCGGCGCCUCCACAACGCACGCAUCAAGCAACCUGGCUUUGAUGAAACUGACAAUCAAGUCUUCGCUAGUAUCAUGGAGGUUGUGCCAGAGGGAUGUGCCGCAGGCCAAUCUCAUGGCAAGAUCAAACAGGCACCUAUUCGCUACCGACUUGACAAAGACGAGUUCAGCAAUGGCAUGGCUACUGUCCGCAACAACCUUGUUCAGACCAUGGCCGAAGGCGUCUUCGGUUCUAGAGAGAUUCGCCGCGCCGUGGUGGACCUAGUACCUCCCAGAUUCAAGGCAGCACCUACUCAGUACGUCGUUGCCGAUCGAGAGUGCUUAAACGUCGACCAGCACAGAGCUAUUGAGAAAGUGAUGAGUGCCGAGGACUAUGCGCUGGUACUUGGUAUGCCCGGUACGGGCAAAACAACUACCAUUGCUCAUAUCAUUCGGGCUCUGGUAUCUCAGGGGAAAAGCGUUCUACUCACGUCGUACACACACACUGCAGUCGACAAUAUUCUUCUAAAGCUCAAAGACGACAAGACACCGAUUCUACGUCUUGGGGCCCCCGCCAAAGUCCAUCCGGAUGUUCAGCAAUUUGCAAUUCUUGCAGGCCAGCCUAUGAAGUCCUUUGAACAGAUAAAGGAGGCUUGGCACGACACACCCAUUGUUGCAACCACUUGCCUCGGUGUCGGCCAUGCGCUCUUCAACGAACGCACUUUCGAUUACUGCAUCGUCGACGAGGCGUCCCAGAUUACAUUGCCAAUUUGUCUGGGGCCGAUCAGGAUGGCCAAGACUUUUGUCCUCGUUGGAGACCAUAACCAGCUUCCCCCGCUGGUUCAAAAUGAAGAGGCUCGGGAAGGUGGUCUUGAUGUGAGCUUGUUCAAGCUUCUCUCUGACACGCACCCGGAUUCCGUCGUCAACCUGGAGCAUCAGUACCGUAUGUGUGAAGACGUCAUGACUCUCAGUAACACACUCAUCUACCACGGGCGACUACGAUGUGGCACUGAGGAGCUGCGAUUCAAGAAACUUGAUGUGCCAAACAUGAAUGCACUAAAGAGUCUCCAUUACGACUCUUCGUCCAUGCUUAAGUCAGGCACACCGAAGUCGUUCUGCACUUCUAUGACAGAAAGCUGCUGCUGGCUGCGAGACUUGCUAGACAGCGAGGCUCGGGUGCGGUUCAUCAACACCGACACUCUGCAGCCUCAUACCCGAGAGGAGGCCAAGGGCAACCGUAUUGUCAAUCCGGCUGAGGCUCGUAUCGUUGUUCAACUCGUCGAGGGUCUCCUUACGGUUGGGGUGCCCGACGGAGAAAUCGGAGUGAUGACGCACUACCGCUCUCAGCUAUCACUAUUGAAGCAUGGCCUUCGUGGCCAUUUAGGCGUGGAAAUGCACACUGCCGAUCGGUUUCAAGGACGAGACAAGGAUGUGGUCAUCCUUUCGUUGGUUCGUAGUAAUGAGAGCUGUAGCAUCGGCGAGCUCCUGAAAGAUUGGCGACGCAUCAAUGUCGCUUUCACUCGUGCCAAGACGAAGUUGCUUGUUGUGGGAAGCAAGAGCACUUUGAAGGGCAGCGGGAAGGAUGAAAUGCUGAGCAAGUUCAUCGGUCUUAUGGAGGAACGUGAUUGGAUCUACGACCUGCCGCCCGACGCCCUGGACAGUCAUGUCUUCGAUGAUACAGCAACGCAAAUGACAGCUAGUGGUGUUUCCCCUAACAAGGCGAGAAACACAAGCCCACGAAAGGGGUUCAGUCCACGCAAAACCCCGAAGCUGGCAUUGGGUGUUGACAAAGAGAAUCGUCGACCUCAGCCCAAGAGGGCAAGAAUUGGAGAAAAGGUACUUAUGAAGGAUAAAGUCAUUCUCAGGGACAUACUUAACGACAUGACAAACGGGGCUUAUUGA